CGGAGUCUGGUUACCAGCGACUGCACUUCACACGCGCUAGCUGUUCCAGGCGUCGCUAGCACAGGGCCCGACGGUGGCAGGGAUACAGAUGCUUGUGGACGAGGGAGACCUCGGCCCCAGAGCCCGCUCCACGCUGCCCGCUUCAGAGACUGGGUCCCCGACGGGCCCCCGACGUGUGGCCGCGGGCCGAGCGAGCCCGGGGCUGCCCAGGCGGGAGGUCCGGGCUCCGGAGGCUGGGGCACCGUGCGCAGCCGGGCGGGUGCCUGCAGCUUUCGCUUUGCCUCCCUAGGUCCGGGCUCCCGGGCAGGCGCCCCCCCGCCCCCGCCCCCGCCCCUGCCGGCCCCGCCCCUCCGCUUCCUCCCGGGUAUCUGGCACCGCGGCCGCGCGGCGACACAGGAGCCCCGGCUGGCUGGCGAGGCGGCGGCUGCAGCUAUGGCAGGGAAAGAGUUGGAACGAUGCCAGCGGCAGGCGGAUGAGGUGACAGAAAUCAUGCUCAACAACUUCGACAAGGUCCUGGAGCGCGAUGGGAAACUGGCCGAGCUGGAGCUGCGUUCAGACCAACUGCUGGACAUGAGCUCAGCCUUCAGCAAGACAACCAAAAACCUGGCCCAGAAGAAGCGCUGGGAGAAUGUCCGUUGCCGGAUCUACUUGGGGCUGGUGGUGGGCAUUGGCCUGCUCAUCAUCCUGAUUGUGCUACUGGUCAUCUUUCUCCCGUGGAGCAGUGGGGACAGCAGUGCUCCACAUGCCCAGGAUGCCGGCGCUGCCUCAGGGCCUGGGGGCUGACCCAGCUGGGCCUUGAGGAUAGGCCGAGGGGCCGCACUGGCUGGUUCUGGUCUCCAGAGAACCCUGGCGUUUGUUUGCUCCCAUCUGAGCCACCCAACUGAGCACUGAAGAGCAACUCUGAUGUGUGCACCUUUGCAUCUCCUAUCACGCCACAGACUGGCCCUUGAGGGCAGCCUGCUGCACUAGCUGUGCCAGGCCAGCCCUACCUGGAGCUCAGUAAAAGCUGCUGUUUGGUUUAAA